AUGUCUACUUCUAGAUCUACCCCGUCUCAAAAUACUACUUCCCCUGUAACUCCUACAGUAGUGCCAAAACCUCCUAAACCAGAAACCGCGAUUGAAACUGCUAUUCGUGAAGCCAAGGAUGAUGCUCUGCUUUCUUCAGAAACCUCUUCCAACUUGGUUGCUCCUACUGCUCCAAAAAAAUCACUUUGGGUUAGAGUCAAAGAAGAGGCAGUUCACUAUUGGCAUGGCACAAAAUUACUUGGUGUCGAACUUGCAAUCUCCAGUCGUCUGCUUGUUAAGCUUCUAAAUGGUCACAAGCUAUCUCGUCGUGAACAACGUCAACUCCGUCGUACUACUGGCGAUCUGUUUCGUCUUGUUCCCUUUGUCGUGCUAGUUGCUGUUCCAUUUUUAGAAUUCGCUCUCCCACUUUUACUUCGCAUCUUCCCAAACAUGCUUCCUAGUACUUUUGAAAGCAAGUUUCAAGAAGAAGAAAAAAAGAAAAAACUGCUCAAGGUGCGUUUGGAAAUGGCCAGGUUUCUACAGGAAACUGUUGCAGAAUCUGCCAUUACUGGUAAAUUAAAAAAUGACACUGCCAAAGAAUUCAACGAAUUUUUUUUGUGUUAUCGUACAAGUGGUCAAGUUGCUCCUUCUCCAGAAAUUCUUCGCAUAGCUCGCAAAUUUCAAGAUGAACUCACUCUCACCAACUUGUCUCGUCCUCAACUGGUUAGCAUGGCCAAGUACAUGAAUCUCAAUGCCUUUGGAACAGACGCGUUUUUACGUCAUUUAAUUGAACGGAGACUUCAGUACUUUGCUGCUGACGAUCGCUUAAUUGCCUCGGAAGGCGUGGAUGCUCUUACCAUUUCUGAGCUGCAGCAGGUGUGUCUUGCUCGUGGAAUUCGAACUGUUGGAGUUUCUCCUGCUCGUAUGCGUAGUGAACUACAACAAUGGUUAGACCUUCACUUGGUACAUAAAAUUCCCUCCUCAUUGCUGCUGCUUUCACAAGCCUUUUUGACCACCGAGCGUCUUCCUGCUUCUAGCGAUGAGGCACUCAACAGUCGUGCCGAAGCCCUACAAGCCACUCUUUCUUCGUUGCCUCACCAAGUCAUCAAUGAAGCUCAGCUCAAAGUGUCCGAGGCUGGUGGUGUAGCAACAUACAAGCAAAAACUAGAUGUACUAAAGGAACAGGAAGAAAUGAUUGCUGAUGAGCUUGAACAAGAAGCUGCUCAAGCUGCAUCCAAGCGCGCCAAAGAAGAAGAACAGUCUCAACGACUCAAAGAGGAACAAGAGUCUGCAUUAACUUCUGCUACUCAAAUCAUUACAGAGGUCAAGCCUAAAAUUUCUGGCAAAGAGCUUAAAAAACUGGGCGAGGCUUUGAAAACCAUGACGGCUGGAUCGGCCUUUUCAGAUGUCAAGACUGUAUUGGAAGACUUGAAGGAAGAUCAAAAAGAGUACAAGGAAGACAUUGAAGAAUAUCGCCAGGUGACUCAAAAAACAUCAUCUAAAACUGCCGAUCGUCUUAGCAGUCGUGUCGACAAGAUGAUUUCAAACAUUGAAAGCGAGCUUGCCAAGUACGACGUAGAAAUUGGAAGCAAAUUGAAUUUAAUUAGACCUGAUGAAGCUGGAAAUAUGUCUAUUCAAGAUCUUGAAAGCAUUUUCCCCUUUAUUCGUGACCAUCCCAACGAUAAUCGUAUUAAAAAGAUUUUGACUGAUUUGGAUUCGGACGGUGAUGGCAUGGUUGCUCUUCAAGAGAUUCUUACUCUAGUGGAGGAUGCCGACAACGAAGGCCAUGGCGAAGUGUUACCUGACAAGCGUGAAAGCGAAAAAAAGGCCAAAGCUGCCGCUCCAGUCACUGCAACUGCCUCUCCCGUCUCUGAGCCCGCUAUCCCAAUAUUGGACACUGCAUCCAAGACCACCACUUUGAACACUAAACUCUAA